UUUAUUUUAAGCUUUUAUUGUUCUUGAUUGAACUAAAUUUAUUAAAAUAGGAAGCUGAUCUUAAGUCAGUAUUGAGAUUUUUAAACUAGAAUUGCCUAAUCUCUUAGGUAAAAAAAUUAUGCCUAUCGAAUUAGUCAUCUGAUUAUUUUUAUGUACUUUUAUAUGGUUUUUGAGAUUUUUAACUCAUUUUUUUAAAAAUCUAAUAUUAAGUUCUACUAAUUCAUUAAUUGUAUUAUUAUACAUAGUGUAUAUGAUAGUUCACAUUUUUUAUCAUAUAAUGUUAUAAAAUAUAUGAAUAGUAUGAUGAGUAGUAAUGGAUAGUGUGAUGCCACUGUUCGUAAUCAUGGAAGAUAUUGUAGAGAUAAUGGAUAGCGUGAUGCCAUCGUUCGUAAUCGUGGAUGCUAUUGUAGAGAAUAUAAGCCUUGGAGUUGCUCUUAGAAGCUACUCAAAAAAAUUAUAUAUCUCAUAUACACAUAUUUAGUAAAACUUAAUAAUAUACUAAGUAAAAUUUAAUGAAAUAUUAAGUAAAAAUUAAUGAUAUAUUAUAUGUAUAGUAAUGUGACACAUAUGUACAUCUCAUAUACAAAUAUUAAGAAAAAAAUCAAUGUUUUAUUAUAAAUAUAUAAUUACUUACAAACUAAAGAAUUUUCUAAGAAUCUCAGCUAUGUAUUUUAAGAAAUUAAUUAUUCUAAAUAAUUAAGUUCUUAAAAUUUAAGAUUUGUUACCAUUAAUUAGUCAAGAAUGCAUACAAAUCUAAAAUGACUAUUUUUAUAAGGUAAAAUAUCUCAAUUUAUAUAUAUAUAUAUAUAUAUAUAUAAUAUUUUUAUAAAUAAAUUCAGAACACCUCUAAAGUUUAAAUCAAUAUUAAUUUAAUAAAAUUAAUGAUUUUCACUAGAUAUAUUGUAAAGUAAUGACUCUCAAUUAAUAAAAUUGUAUGAAAAUAGGUGCAUUUAUUUACCAAAGAAAAAGAAAAAAUCUUUUGAAAGUUAUCUUUUAGAAACCAAAAGUUUAUUUUUAAAAAUGAAAAAGUAUUGAACCGCUAAGAAUAAAACAUUUUGCGGGAAACAAAGAUCACCCACUAGUAUAUAUAUGUGUACUAGGUAUUUUCCUACACCAUAUGCAGCGCUAAAAGUUUUAAAUAAUUUUUUUUUAAAAGUUUAGAUUUUAUUAAUUGUAUAAAAAUAUUUUAUAUAAAUAUUAAUUUACUUGAACAUAAAAUUAAUAUAAAUAAAUAAUUUUAUUUAUUUAAAAUUAUAUUUAGUAUAAGUCCUUCACCAUGAAGAUGUAUGCUUUCAUUUUCACUCAACAAUGAAAGUUAAACUAAACCGAUUCCAAUAUCCUUUUCCUUAUGUCAAAAGAUUUGAUUUGAUAUUUGAUUUCGGAACUUGAUUACUUUGACUAUAUUACUAGAUUGAUAGCCAAAACUACUCAAAAUAGGUUAGAUUGAUUUUCGGUUAUUUCUUUGGGUUAAGAUAUAUUAAAUUAACUUGUAUAAUUUUUAUAAAAAAUAGAUACAAUUUUUUUAUAAUUAUCAAAAUAUGAAACUAGACAGAAUUUCUAAAAUUUGUAGAUAUCAAAAGAAAACAAAUGAUAUUACGAUUAAAUAUUGAUAAUUGUUUUAAAAAAUAUUCUACAUAAUUUUGAAAAUCUUGAUUAAUAAUAAAUUUUUUUUUUAUAAUUAUCAAAAUAUAAAACUAAACAGAAUUUCUAAAAUUAGUAGAUAUAAAAAGAAAACAAAUGAUAUUACGAUUUAAUAUUUAUAAUUUAAAAAAAUCUUGUUUAAAUGUUGAAAAUCUUGUUUAGUAAGAAAAGUUGUGUGAUUGUAAAAGCAUACUUAAAUAAUAUUUCAAAAUUUGUAAAAUAUUAUAUAUUUCUAUUCUUAUAUUAUUUAUUGACAUAUUUGAAUUUAUUUGAUUCAAUGAUGACGUGUGAAUUAUUACCAUAUUUUGAAAAAUUUAGAAAAAUUAGAAAUGAACAUUAAAUGUAGUUGACCAUGUCAUUUUCAUUUUUCCUAGUAUAUCAUAUCAGAUUUUUUUUAGUGAAAGUGAUGAUAGAGAUGAUAUGUGUUAAAUCAACUUCACAAAUAAUGUCUACAAAAUUUUGGUGAGAAAAUUUCAUCAUCUCAGAAAUUAGAAACGUGUAGAGAUAAAAAUCCACCACAAUCUCUUUGGCGUCUAUAGCUAAUCUUUAAAAACCCUUACUUAUUCUCCUCUCCUUUUCGAUUCGAUUUUUAUGUUCAUGGAUGCAGCCAGAGUGAAACCUGCUCGUUCCACCAACCCACCGAGCGAAGUUGAUCAGCUAAGCAGUUUGCCAGAUUGCUUGAUUUUACAGAUAUUCUUAAAUCUUCCAACCAAAGAUGUGGUUCAGACUAGUGCGUUGUCCACCAGAUGGAAAACUCUCUGGAAAGACGUACCUGGUCUGGAUUUGGACGCCGAUGAUUUCUAUAUACGCGAAACAUUCGUGAGUUUUGUCGAUAACUUUCUUGAACGCAACUACGGUUUGUCCAUACAUCGGUUUAAGUUAAAGUAUGAUUCUUUUUACUUUGAAGAGCCUGCUGAUCUUAUCAACGGCUGGGUCAACACUGCUGCUAGGCUUAAAGUUCAACAUCUCGAUGUUUCGGACAGUUUUUCCGAAUGGGAUCCCAUGAUGAAUCCAACAGUACUUUACACUUGUAGUAACUUGGUGUCCCUAAGGCUCGUGGGAAUGGGCUUACCGAAUCCCGAGCGUGUUUCUUUACCUUCUCUCAAAACAUUGGUUUUAAUCCUCAUUGAUUUUACCAACAAAUGGGCAUUAGAGAAUUUAAUCUCAAAAUGCCCAGUUCUUGAAAACUUUUGUUUUGAGAGAAGCUACGAUGAUGGAAUACCGAUUUUACGUGUGCAUUCUAAGUCUCUGUUGACCUUCAUGCAUGAUGCGGGUUAUCACGAGGAUUAUGAUGAGGAAGAUCGUUUUGUUGAAAUUGAUGCUCCCAUGCUUAAGUGUCUGAAGAUCAGUGAUGAUAGAACUUCAAGUUUCAUAAUAAAGAGUCCACCUUCCGUUGUAGAAGCUGAUAUAGAUACUGUGUUUAACUUGACUUCUGAAAGGAGUCUAGGAAUUGCAAAUGAAGUACAAAAGAGAGAGAUGGUUUGUGAUUUUCUCGUUGGGAUCUCUAAGGUCAAGGAUAUGAGCAUCUCCUCAAGUGCUCUCGAGGUACCUAUAUCUGUUUUAACUUCUAAGUCACUAUUGGAAUAUUAAAUUUUCUUGAUUUUCAACUUUAAACCAAUUGUAUAUUUCUCUCAUUUAUUUUAGAAUUUUCACAUAUAUUAAAAGUAUCUUUAUUUUAACUAUAAAUAUAUUUUCUGUUAUUAACUAUUUCUCAUAAUUUUUAACCAAUCAAAAUUCAAUAAACAUAAUUAUAUUUCUUCGAAAUCAAUCGAUGUAAUACUUCAUUUAUUAACACUAAUACCUUUUUUGUUGAUGUUGUUCUUGUAGGUCAUAUAUGAUUAUGCAAGAUAUGUACAACUACCAGUAUUUCGUAACCUAUAUACCUUGUGUGUCAGGUUCAACAGCUACAUGUGGGAGAUGUUGCCAGUCUUUCUUGAAGUCUGUCCAAAUCUAAAAACUCUUGUCAUGGGAACUUCUGAAAAUCCCAAGAUGGUGGACCUUACUGUUAUUGCCAGGCCUUGGAAUCUGUUAUCAUCUCUAGAGCAUGUUGACAUAGAAAGGCCAUUGAAAGGGGAGGCGUUGGAGAUGGCACUAGUGGGUUACUUACUCGAGAACUCACCAAACCUCAAGAAACUAUCAUUAAGUUUGCACGAUUCCCUAAAGAAAGGAAAAUCUGUCCACAAGCUAACAUUAAGCUUGGAUGAUGCCCCAAAGAAAGAAGAAUCCGACAUCUUCAUAGAACUAAUUAACUUUCCGAGACUCUCUAGCUCAUGCCAAAUUAUUGUACGAUGAUCCUCAUAGUCAUCACCAAUGGACAUAUAAGUUUGUCUUUGAUAACUAUUUGUUGCUUCUUAGUUUAUUAUGACAUUGGAGUGUUGAAGUUUGUAUGAUAAUUAUAGUAUUUAUCAUAUUUAUGACUCAAAUAAGUAUUUGAUUUAUCGUGGCUAAAGGCAUAUAUGCUUUGGAAUUUGUGAACAUGGUUUUGUGCUUCCUUCUUUUGUCUUGCAUAGAGUUAUAUAUAAUUUGUUUGUAUUAAACAAAACAAUUGGUACCUAUAUAAUAAAAAAAUUGUUUUAAAAAUCACAAAAAACAUUUUUGGAAGAAAACUUCUACCUCUAAAAAAUCACGUUUGUACUAGUCGGAAUAAUAUCUCAUCAAGCCUCUGAUUACGUUUCAAUUCAUUAAGAAUAAAAAAUGAAAAACAAGAAAAAAAUAAGAAAAAAAUAAGAAGAAUCUUUUGAUUGAAAGACUCUCAAACGAUUAUGUGAGACUCUAAAAUUAGGUGUCAAGUUAUCUAAGAAUGGAAAUGGUCUUAUGCUAGAACUUUAAUAUUAUAUAUUGGUUUUCAAAAAUUAGGGUUUUUUCUAGGUUUCUAUUUUUCAUCGUUGUAUUCAUAAAUUACGGUAAUAUUUUCUAUUUAAGAAGCCUAAAACUAUUUUAUAGGAUAGUUUUUGAUAUUUUAAUACACAAAUAAUUAUUUUAAGUAUUUUUGUUCUUGAUUGAACUAAAUUUAUUAAAAUAGGAAGCUGAUCUUAAGUCAGUAUUGCAAUUUCCAAAUUAGAAUUGUCAAAUCUCUUAGGUAAAAAAAAAAUGACUAUCGAACUAGUCAGCUGAUUAUUUUUAAGUAAUUUUAUAUGGUUAUUGAGAUUCUAACUCAUUUUUUCAAAAAUUAAUAUUAGAUUCUACUAAUUCAUUAGGUGUAUUAACAUUCAUAGUGUAUCUGAUAGUUCACAUGUUUUAUCAUAUAAUGUUUUAAAAUAUCCAAAUAGUAUGAUGAGUAGUAAUGGAUAGCGUGAUGCCAUUGUUUCUUCUACCAUAUGAUAGUAUUUUUGCUCAUAUAUUGUCUCAAUAUGUACACAUUUACAAAAAGUAAUUUUUAAGAGCAUGAUUAACGCUAAGGGGAGCAUAGGUUCAUAGGGUUUUUUUUUAUCCAAUUUUAAAAAAAAUUAAAAACAAAUCGCGGACCGUCACAUGUCAGUGAAACCUACAAACAGUAUCCAAACCCAACUAAAGUCGCUUCUUGCAGAAGAGGAGAAAGAACCAAAUUUAAAGAUAAUAGUAGGACCCACCUCUUAAGAACCAAGUUAAGAGGUAGAGUUAAUGCUGCUCUAAAGAUUUAGAGGAUCAAGCAGAAGAAAAGCAAGUCCAUAUAUGUCGGAAAAUGAAAUAUGUAGCCGUUAUAAACAGACUAACAGAGGUUCCUCUGUCACCUGCAAGAGCCCUAUUUUGUCGUGUUGAAGCGGUCAUUGUUGACUAAUGAUGAUAAAUUUGAAACAAUACUGUAAUUUGAUUCGUUGUCUCUGAGAGUCUGUAACUAUUACCAUAAACCCGAAAAUGUAAAGAACGUAAUCUGAUUAGAACCAUACCAAAGCAGGUUUUUAGGUUGGUUAGCAUGGUUACAAAUAAACGAAUAUUUCACUUUGAGGCCUUACAUGGGAAAAUAAAAUUGAAGCGACAUAUUGAAAAAUGGUUUGGUUGGAACCGGUUUUUCAAUUACACCUAGUGCUUGAGUUUCCAAGAGUGAGCUCGAGAUCAUCAGAACCACUCUCUUCAUGUAUCCUCUCUCUCCUUCCCAUGCUUUCGCUAACCCGUUUGCGUUACUCCCAAACACAAACUCUGGAGGGGGAGCCACAGCUUCAGACAUUGGAACAUCUCCUGUCUGAGUAAUUGCCGGCGAGAAAGUCCCGAUUUUGUUAGUGCAGAUGAGGCGACAAAAAACAAGUGCAGAAAGUAAAACACACAAAAUUUGUUAACGGGCGUUUUCUACAUCCCCGGGACCUCGUUCAGAUUUCAUUGACUUAGAACAAGGAGCAACCUACAAUUUCUAUAUGAUACAACACACACACUAGUGUUUACCACUCUUUUCUAAGUAGCAAUCUAC